UUUAUCCAUCGUAGGCACCUUCAUCUCUAACACAAUGCAUCGUCAUUUGUAUAAGACAGCCGAAGAAAGAAAUUCCGGAAAUUUUUGAUUGCGAAGUAACAAUAAGUAGUGAUGCUCUAAGGACUCAAUUCCAGUGCCCAAAAUGGACAGAUCAGCGUGCGAAAGGACCCCAACCAAUUCGACCACAAGCUCGAGUGAAAAAAUGAACUACGCGUUACAAGUUGCAUUGCAGACAAUGAAGGAGCGUUGCAUACAAUUGCAGCGCCGUGUAUCUACGAUGGAGGAGGAAAACCAGCGACUACGUGAUGGCAGCGACAGUAGCGCUGAGGCUGGAAGUGGUGAUUUGACCGAAGUUCGGUCGCUUCGCGGCCAAGUAGCAGAUCUUCAGCGGCAAAAGGAACAGCUGAGCGAGCAAAUUAACAUGGUAUCCAAUGAAAAUCGUCGACUGUGGUCACGGCUUUCGCAAAUUUCUAAAGAACAGACGCAACAACUUCAAAUGUUCACCAGCUCGUUCAAGGACGAUGAGGCGAAAACCGUUGCUACUGGUGCCAACCAGAACCUCAUUCGUUCAAAGACAUUUACCCAACACUCGCCAAAUCCUCACCUGCGUCAAAAAAUGAUCUCAGAUGGUAUGCGUGACAUCAGUCUAGAUGAGAUAGCUCUAGACGAUUUUGGUACAGGUGCCGGAGAUGUUGAGCUGGGCUAUCCAUAUGGAUUGCAUGUGGAGAAUGUCAGCGGUGCCAAUGAAAAUGAUGCCAAUGUGGAUGCCAAGAGCUGCAUGGAAGGGUUUCAGGACCUCCGACGAGAGGCCAUGAAACAACAGCAAGAGCUAAGCUCGGCACUAACGCUGAUCGAAACACGCAUAGCUCUGCAACCUUGCCCUGAUUGUGCUCAAAAGGCUGCACACAAGCCAGAAAUGGCAGAUAAGAGUCUAGAAACGGAUGAAGGUCUGAACAGUGACGUCAAACUAUAUCACAAUGAAUACACAAGUGGCCAAGUGGACGAGACCAUGAACGAUCACAACGGACAUAUUAUGACAACGGCCCCAACGUCCCGUCUUAACAUUAUACAGGAGAAACUGAAGGCUGAUGCAAUGGACAAAACAUGUCCUAUGUGUGGCAAAAUGUACAGCAGUCAAAUUUCGUUCAAGGCGUUCCAAGAGCAUGUAGAAAUGCAUUUUAUUGACGAUGGGCCCGAAGUGGAAAACAGCAUUGAACGAAAUUUCGAGUUUGUUUCGCACGUAGGCGAUUUCUGACCCAGCAAGCGCAUCUACUUUGCUACUGAACUGUAAAAGAUCUGCUAACAUUUUUGUUUAUUUCUGUGUGUAUAUCAAUGCCGCAUUGAGCUUUUCAUCCUGUCCAUAAAAGGACGAUUUACGAACUUGUUAAUUAAGAACGCAUUGCAAUCUGUGCCUUAUCGACCCUGGCACGGUUAAAUUGAUGUUAAACUUUUGUUGUAAUCAUGCGUACGAUUAUCUAAAUUAUGUAUAGUACUUUAAACUAGUUAGUAAUAACAAUAUCUAUAUUAAAAAUGGUUUUCUUUUA